GCUCUAUUUAUUCCCUGCUAACUUCCAUACUUAAAAAGAAACAAGAAAAUUUCUCUACAAAAUCUUCACUUGCAAGUCCCCAAAGCUUCAAACAAUGGCCAUUUGGGUUCUUUUUCAUCUUUUUCUCUGCCUUGUAUUAGGGCAAACAAAUGCAAAUUUAGAAGGGAAUGCUCUUUUCCAACUGAGGAUAGAAGUUGAUGACCCAGAAAAUGUUCUACAGAGCUGGGAUCCGACCCUGGUGGAUCCAUGUACUUGGUUUCAUGUCACUUGUGAUGCUCAAAACCGGGUCACCAGACUUGACCUGGGAAAUGCUAAGCUAUCGGGAAAACUAGUUCCUGAUUUGGGGAAGUUAGAGCAUCUUCAAUAUUUGGAAUUAUACAUGAACAGCUUUGUGGGUCCAAUUCCUGCUGAACUAGGAAAAUUGAAGAAUCUUGUAAGCCUGGAUCUUUACCAAAAUAAUCUCACAGGUUCCAUCCCUCCAUCUCUGGCCAACCUCUCCAAACUCAGAAUCUUGCGUCUGAAUAACAACAGGCUGACAGGAAGAAUACCGAGGGAACUUAGCAAGCUUGGAAAACUAAAGAAGCUAGAUGUGUCCAAUAAUGAUUUGUGUGGUACAAUUCCAACAACCGGCUCCUUUUCUAAGUUCACUGAGAACAGUUUUAAGAAUAACUCAAGAUUAGAAGGGCCUGAGCUGAUGGGCUUUGUGAGAUAUGAUGUUGGAGGCUGCAACUGAAGCUGCACACCAGUAGUGAUUCUAAUGAGGGAUUUGGGCCUUUGAUGGGCUUUAUGAAUUUGGUGAUCCUCUUUCUAUUUUCCCAGUCAUAUGUACUGUCGAUAUGCAAUCAAAACUAAACCCUACAAAAAAAUGCACUUCAAUAUUUUUGCUGGGUUUUUGUCGACAAA